AUGCCCCUCAUCAUCAUCACCGGCCUCCCGACCUCCGGCAAAACCACCCGCGCCCGCCAACUCCACGCCUACCUCUCCUCCCGCCUCGCCGCGACCAGCCAACAACAACAACAGUCACAAUCCCAACCCCCUCCAACCCCCCAAUACCGCCUACACCUAAUCUCCGACCCCUCCCUCUCCAUCUCCCGCACAGUCUACGACCUCUCGCCCACCCAACUCCCCGCGCACGUGCGGUCAGCCAACGCAUCCGAAAAGGACGCGCGCGCAGCCAUCUACGCGGCCGUCAAACGCGUGCUCUCGCCCCGCGACAUUGUCAUUCUCGACGGACUGAACUACAUCAAGGGGUGGCGGUAUCAGCUGUUUUGCGAGGCGAAAAAUGUCCGCACGGCGUGUUGUGUGUUGCAGAUUGGGUGUGGGAGGGAGAGGGCUAGGGGGGUUAAUGAGGCGCGGUUGGCGAGAAGGGGGGUGGAUGGGGGGGAAGCUGUGGGAGAUAAGGGAGAAAGGGGUGAUGAGGUGAAAGCUGCACCGGGACAAGAACUAGCACCAGAAUCAGAACCAGAACCCACAGCAGAGACCCCCGCAGUAGUCGCGGGCAACGACACCACCAACGACGAAGAUGACAACGACGACGAAGAACCCUACACCCCCUCCAACUGGGAAAACCUCGUCUUCCGCUACGAAGAGCCCAACCCCAUGACGCGCUGGGACUCCCCCCUCUUCACCCUAAUCUGGGAAGACGACGACGCCCAAACCCAACAAGUCUUCGACAAGAUCUGGGACACCAUUGCCGGCGACAACCGCAAGGCUGUCAAACCCAACCAAUCGACCGUCCAGCGCGACAAGGACCCUGGCGGGGACUAUCUUUAUAUACUAGAGCGCGAGACGCAGGAUAUUGUGAAGAGGAUUCUUGAGAGGCAGGCUGAUGAGGGUGAAGGUGGGGAGGUCACGCUUCCCCGCGUGAAUGGUGCCGCCGCCGCUGGUAGUGCUGGGGGGGAGGAUUUGGUGGUUGAGUUGCCUGGGAAGAAGGUCGGGUUGCCGCAGCUGCAGCGGUAUCGUCGGGCGUUCGUGGCGUUGAAUCGAGGCGGGAUUGGGUUGGAGGCUGUGGGGAAAUUGGCUGCGGAGCGGUUGAGGGAGAGUUUUGUCGGGUAUUUAAAUGAUGCUUUUGAGAAGGACGGUUGA